UCUUAUUUAGUUCCUUCUCCCCUCCUCGUUUGAAAUUCAAAAGCCUCUCAAAAUCCUUUUCAGAAACCCGCCUUUCGCACUCCAUAUUUUCCCUCUCUCCCCAAUCUCCGUCUCUUUAUAUUCCUUUCAAAAUCCCGUCACCAAAUCCAACGUCUCUUAUAGUGUGCAUUAAAGCUCAUUGUUUGUUGUGGAUGGCGCACGAUAGCAUCCAGCUUCCCUGCGGUGGCGACGGCGCGUGCAUGCGCUGCAAGGUUACCCCUCCGACCGAGGAAACCCUCAGUUGCAGCACGUGCGCCACUCCUUGGCACGUGGCCUGCUUGGCUUCUCCGCCCGAAACCCUAGCUUCUACAUUGCAAUGGCACUGUCCUGACUGCUCCGGCGACCCUCUUCCCCCAGCCGCGGCCGCCGUAGAUGGAACCUCUACCGAGCUAUUUGCGGCGAUAAAGGCGAUAGAGGCGGAUGAGUCGUUGACUGAAAAGGAGAAGGCGAGGAAGAGGCAGGAGCUGGUGAGUGGGAGAGUUGAAGCUGAUGGAGAUAAAGAUAAGAAAGGGAAAGGAAAAGAGGAGAGCUCUGUUUUGGAUGUUCUUGAUGGAAGCUUAAACUGUUCGUUUUGCAUGCAGUUACCUGACAGGCCUGUUACGACACCCUGUGGCCACAAUUUUUGCCUUAAAUGCUUCCAGAAAUGGAUAGGCCAAGGAAAGCGUACUUGUGCAAAAUGCCGGUCAACAAUUCCCCCGAAAAUGGCAAGCCAGCCUCGUAUUAAUUCUACGCUUGUGUCUGUUAUCAGAAUGGCAAAGCUAUCAAAAUCAAAUUUUGCUGCUGGGCCUCUGAAAGUAUACCAUUUUAUGCACAACCAAGAUCGACCUGACAAGGCUUUCACUACGGAGCGAGCACAAAAAGCUGGGAAAGCAAAUGCUGCCAGUGGGAAGAUAUUUGUGACUGUACCACCCGAUCAUUUUGGACCAAUCCCAGCUGAAAAUGAUCCAGCUAGAAAUCAGGGUGUGCUUGUUGGUGAAUGUUGGGAAGACAGAUUGGAAUGCCGGCAAUGGGGUGCUCACCUUCCGCAUGUUGCAGGCAUUGCUGGUCAGUCAAACUAUGGUGCUCAAUCAGUGGCACUCUCAGGAGGUUAUGAGGAUGAUGAGGAUCAUGGAGAGUGGUUUCUCUACACAGGAAGUGGAGGUAGAGAUCUUAGUGGAAAUAAGCGAACAAACAAGGAACAGUCAUUUGAUCAAAAAUUUGAGAAGAUGAAUGAGGCCUUGCGAGUAAGCUGCAAAAUGGGUUAUCCUGUUCGAGUUGUAAGGUCGCACAAAGAAAAACGAUCUUCAUAUGCCCCAGAGAAAGGGGUGAGAUAUGAUGGAGUCUAUGGAAUUGAAAAAUGUUGGCGAAAGGUUGGAAUACAGGGAUUUAAAGUUUGCCGAUAUUUGUUUGUGAGAUGUGACAAUGAGCCAGCCCCAUGGACAAGUGAUGAGCAUGGGGAUAGACCUAGGCCUUUACCAGCUAUUCCUGAGCUGAAGAAGGCAACUGACAUAUUAGAGAGAAAGGAAGGUCCAUCAUGGGACUUUGAUGAAGAAGACAGUCGCUGGAAGUGGAAAAAACCUCCACCUCCUAGCAAAAAGCCAGUGAAUGCAGCUGAUCAUGAAGAAAGGAAAAAGGCAAGGAAAGCAAUAAGGCAAGCCCAUAAUACAAGUAUAAGAGAGAGACUCCUGAAAGAGUUUGGUUGUCUAAUCUGUCGGCAAGUUAUGAAUCUCCCCGUUACAACUCCUUGUGCCCACAACUUCUGCAAGUCUUGUUUUGAAGCUGCAUUUGCAGGUAAGACUGCUAUAAGAGAAAGGAACAAAGGUGGCCGGACACUUAGAUCACAAAAGAAUGUGCUGCAGUGCCCUUCUUGCCCAACUGAUAUCUCAGAUUUUCUUCAAAAUCUUCAGGUCAACCGAGAAUUGAUGGAUGUGAUUGAGUCACUGAAAGAAAAGAAUGGCGAGAAUCAGGACCCUGUGGAAGAGUCGUGUGCGGAGCAGGUGGAUGGAUUGGAGGAAAAUGCAGGAGGUAACAGUGAAAAUGCUGAUUCAAAAGAUGACUUGCAGAAUCCAAAACCAAAAAGAACUAGCAAGAGGAGGAAAGUGGAUACUGCUCAAGUAGCAGCUGAUGAAAAUGACUCUCCAUCAAGCACCCUCCAUGUGCAAUCAUCUGAUGAUUUUGAAUGACAUCUUUUUCUGGUUGACUUUCUUUUCGAGCUGAAACUUUUAUUAAAAAAUUUUAGGGAUUUUGCCAGAUGAUUAUGUACUGGUUCAAUUCCACAGUUGUAUUCUUUCCAAGAAUGGGACUGGGGUUGGCUGCAUGCUUAGGAUUAAUCUUUUGUGUAGCCAGGCUGUGUAUAAGCUGUUGUUUCUUGGAUGUGGAUCAUUGAA